UCAGCGCUACUGCAUGUGUAACCCCGACGUGGUGCAGCAGUUUCACAACCCGGACACCAUCUUCAUCCUGGCCUUCGCCAUCAUCCUGCUCAACACGGACAUGUACAGUCCAAACAUCAAGCCCGACCGCAAGAUGAUGCUGGAGGACUUCAUACGCAACCUACGAGGUGUUGAUGACGGAGCAGAUAUCCCCAGAGACAUGGUGGUGGGAAUCUAUGAGAGAAUACAACAGAGGGAGUUACGCUCCAACGAAGACCACGUCACCUACGUCUCCAAGGUGGAGCAGUCCAUCGUGGGAAUGAAAACGGUUCUCUCUGUCCCUCACAGAAGACUGGUGUGCUGCAGUCGACUGUUUGAGGUGACUGAUGUCAACAAGGCCCAGAAACAGGCGGCGCACCAGAGGGAAGUCUUCCUCUUCAAUGAUCUCAUUGUGAUCUUGAAGCUCUGUCCAAAGAAGAAGAGUUCUGCAGCCUACACCUUCUGCAAAGCAAUGGGCCUGCUUGGCAUGCAGUUUCAUCUGUUUGAGAAUGAAUACUACCCUCAUGGUAUCACCAUCCUCUCACCUUUUGGCUCGGACAAGAAGCAGGUCCUUAACUUCUGUGCCCAAAGUGCAGAGGAGCUGCUCAAGUUCAUAGAAGAUCUGAAGGAAUCAAUCGCGGAGGUGUCGGAGAUGGAGCAGAUACGCAUCGAGUGGGAGCUGGAGAAGCAGCAGGGGGCCAAGGCACACUCAGUGAAGAACAACGGCACCCAGCUAGAACUGCGUGGCAAACAGGGCUCCCCAUCAGGAAACCAGGAGAUGGAUGACCGAAGUGGACACAAUGCAGUAGAGGUGUCAAUUCACAACAGGCUUCAGACGUACCAGCUCAGCAGCAUGGCUCCGAGUCCCGAGAGCGUGGCCCUUCUUAACCACCGGGGGGAGCUGCUCUUCCAGCAGGGGCCCCAGGGGCUAACCUACGGGCCGGUGCCUCCCCCUCAGCACCCGCAGCUGCAGUCAGCAACAAGCACCCCCGCCCACCACCUCCACCUCCAGCAGCACCACCAGGCGGCCGUCAGCAUGUCUGAUCUGAGGCCCGAAACACUGAUCCAGUGUCAGCAGAUCGUCAAGGUCUUCAUGCUGGACAACAGCGGCCACGGACACAUGGAGGCCUUCCUCAGCCAGACCCCCACCCACCACCACUACCAGCACCACCACCACCACCACAGCCACCACCAGCUCAGCCACUCGGCCAUGUCCACCCCGGUGCACUCGCCGGACAGCUCUCACGGCAACGACGGCCACCAGCCCCCGCUGCCCCCCCCACCUCCGCCUUACAACCACCCACACCAGUACAUACCCCCAGACCCUCGCCUCAGUCUACACCGGACCCCAAGUGGCUCACGGAGCAUGGUGUAAAUAAAUAAAUUAGUAGUCUUUCCCUAAAACACCCACGUUCACACACCCUAACCCCACCCCUUCUCUACCUAUUUAAAGAGUACAUAAUGUACAUAUAUACAUACAGAUGAAAGAGCUAUAAUAAAAAAAUGAAAUCUCACUUAUAUGCAUAUAUUUAAGGAAAGAAAAUAAACUAAAAGAAAAAGUUUCAAAAGAGAAACGGAGAAAUAAAGUGCAUAUAUACAGUUUUACUUGAUUCCACAUGUAUUUUGAAAUAUUAUGUAGUUUUAACAAAUUUCUAAAACUUUUUGUCAGUUUUAACUCUUGCUAGGAAAACACAGAUAUUCAGUUUCAGGAUGGAUGUCUUCUCGUUGCAUCCUCAACAGAAAUGGACUGUGAUGGAUCGACACCUUCCAAGGACCCUCUGCUUCUGUCCGCUCUCUUCAUCCCCCCCCCCCCUCAUGCCUACUGUGCUGUAUGUGCGCCUGCGUGCAUAGUGAACACUUACUGAAAACCUGUGCCAAAAUACAUAGCCUCCACCUUACACUGACUUCUUUACACUUGAUUAAACGCUAGGGCUAGAAGAAAAUACAAAUAAAAACUCUAUCCUUUACUUUAAAACAGCCCUUUCAUGCUUCUCCCUCAAGGACCACAAAAAAAUAAAAUAAAACUGAUAUUCCAUUAAAAAGAAAACACUAUCUCCGGUUAGUGCUGUUUUAUUUUGGUGAUUGAGAGUCUUCUCUCUUCUUCUCUGCUGCCCUGGAUAAAAAAAUACGAAAGAAGAAACGAUAUCCUGCGAUAAGCUGCGUUUUUCCUCCGUUCCUCUGUUGUGUUGUGGCUCUCUAUCAUGAGAAAACACUCUCACUCAAUUGUCACUCUCCAUAGAUCAUCAUACAGUGAAGUAUGACAGGAAACAAAGGCGACCAAUCACAUCAUAAGGAUGCUGCCAAAACCAAAAAGUCGGACCGGGAUUCUCCUGUUGUUUGUCUUUCACUCUCCAUGUGUAAUAUCGCUAACGCUUCCCAGGAGUAAUGCCACAUGUUUUCUGCUGAUGGCGGGGUUUUUUCAUACGCUGAAAUUGUUUCAGCUGCUGAAACUCCUCUCGGAUUUUUCUAGAACUCGAUACAGCAUUCACAUGUAAUAAAUGUCCUGUAAACUGUGCUGUCACCUGUUGUGAAACGCUCCAUCGCUUCUUCAGGGACAUCGCCAUGAAUUUCCAUGAAGAUUGCUUCUGCAACUGUUAACUGUCAAGAUCUGUGUUCUAUUAUGGUUUGCGUAAAAAGCAUAUUCAACCUUUGUGUGUUUUCCCCACAAAACAUCCAGACACUGUCUCUUUAUGUCCGUACAUCUCGCAGGUUUUGUUUCAGAUCCUCUCUUUUCCCUCCAAACAUUUUAGUCUGACAUUUAGAACAAAAUAACUAAAGAGACACACACACACAGCUUAUAUUGCAAAUGGUGGCAUUAAUGGUAUUGUUUGUGCUGUUUGCAAGCCUGCUUUAAAUAAGAAUAGGACAAAAAGAAUGCUGAUCUCUUUCUAUUUCACCCCAGCCUAGAUUGUAAAUAUCACAUUGGAGCAGUGUCGGAAAGGACAACAAGCUGCCUUUAGCCUCGUCAAAAUGCUAUUACCCUGUCACACGUCCCUCGUUCGGAAAUAGGUCAACAUCCAUCUUUUAAACAAUAGCCCCACCAGGUACUGCGUGAAUAACAUUUGAUUAACUCAGCCCCCAUCUGACCCGCACCUGUCUGGUUUGUUGGUUUAUUCUCAAAGAGCCACUGGAGGGAGGUCUCUAUCUCAUCUUUGUUGUCCUUUUGCGCUCAACAUUCCCCUCAUGGAAAGACAAAGGUUGCAGGAAAAAAAGGCGGAGAUAAUGAGUGUUUGACCUCACAGUAGCAUCCUAACUUUCCUGUCAACAAAUCCAACUUCAUGCUUUUGUUUCACGGCACAAUAAGCUGAAUUAACGCUUUCAUUAAUGAAUAAAGAGCUGUUAUGACAGUUUUAAUAUUUUUUACUGGCUAUGAAUAAACGUAUGGAGGUUACGUAAUACAAAUCAGUUGCAACAGUUCUGACAUUAUGGAUUUUAGAGGGAUGUAUGAUGAUUGUAUGAUUGCUAAUUUGUUUAGAUCGAAAUUCAGAUAUAAAUGUGAUAUCGUUUUCUCAUGCAUGCCAUCAGGCCUAUUGAACUUUGAUUCCCAAAGGUUUAGAUUAUUUUGUGCAUGACUGAAUCUGCUGUGAGCAUACCAGUGGGAAAUGAGGAUGACAGAUGUUUUAGUUUCUGGGCUAGCCAAAAAAAAAAGCAAACAGUCGAACAGAAAAUGGAUUUACAACAGCAAAUGUAAGGCCUAACAAUCGCCAUUUUUGUGUGUCUGUCCGUCACAAUUCUUUAGUUGCAAACUUGGUAAUGUGUUGAAGCUUUUUUUGGGAAAAAUACAUCCUUUGUGUGAAAUAUAGUGAAAAUGAUGAGUUUAUGUUUGAAAGGAAACCAAUGUAGCAUUUUGGGAGUGCAGCAUAUGAUAUUGAAGCGCUGUAGUGGCUAACUUUCUUAAAGAAAUUAAAAAAGGGCUCUGCCAUACCAGUGCACCGCUUCAUAAAAGACAUAUCGACUUGGUCUGGCUCUUCAACACUGUGUUUGCUCAUAUAGUUCAAAUAAAAAUGACAUAUUUAAGGUAAGAACAGGUGGAAACUGAGUGUAACAGAUAUGAACCAUCACCUCCCUCCUUCUCUACCUGUCUGUUUGCAAUAUAUCAAGCUAUUAAAGAUGAUUUAAGUCUAUUCACUACAGUGGUUUGUUUUGGUUCUUUUGAUUUUGUAGUUUGAAUUAAAAAAAAAAUGAAAAGCCACCAUUGGCCAAUUUGUUAAGACUUGCUAUGGAAAUAUGUUUUAUUUUGAAAGGGUGUAACCAAGACUCGUAUCAGCAAAAAAAAAA